AUGGCCAGCCAGCUUUUGAACAUCCCCAAGGACAGAGACCUCCACAGCCUCCCUGAGCAACCUGUGCCAGCGUUCAACCAUCGUCAUGCUAGUGGAAACCUUAAGGACACCUUUGUUGGAGCCAGAAAUGGAAAAUACAGGCUUUUAAAAAUAGUCAUUGAAAAUGAACAACUUGUUGUGGGAUCCUCUAGGCAGCCUCUUGGAUCAUGGGAAAAGGAUUAUGAUUCCUUUGUUCUUCCCCUUCUCGAAGACAAGCAACCGUGUUAUAUACUGUACAGGCUGGAUUCUCAGAACGCUCAAGGAUAUGAGUGGAUCUUCAUUGCAUGGUCACCUGAUCAUUCCCCUGUUCGUCAAAAAAUGUUGUAUGCAGCAACCCGGGCAACACUUAAGAAAGAAUUUGGAGGUGGUCAUAUUAAGGAUGAAGUAUUUGGAACAAUACAGGAUGAUGUUUCACUGAGCGGAUAUAAAAAAUACUUGAUAUCACAGUCUUCCCCUGCACCUCUGACUGCAGCAGAAGAGGAACUUCGACAAAUUAAGAUUAAUGAGGUACAGACAGAUGUUGGUGUAGAUACUAAGCAUCAGACACUGCAAGGAGUAGCGUUCCCCAUUGCUAAAGAAGCUAUUCAGGCUUUGGAAAAACUGAAAAAUAAGCAACUCAAUUAUGUGCAAUUGCAAAUUGAUAUGAAAAAUGAAACUAUUAUUUUGGCCAACACACUUCAUACUGAACUUAAGGACUUGCCAAAAAGAAUUCCAAAGGAUUCUGCGCGUUAUCACUUUUUCCUCUAUAAGCAUGCCCAUGAAGGGGACUAUUUGGAAUCCAUAGUUUUCAUCUACUCCAUGCCAGGGUAUACGUGUAGUAUACGAGAACGGAUGCUGUACUCUAGUUGCAAAAGUCCACUGUUAGAAAUUGUAGAAAGACAGUUGUGGAUGCAGAUAAUUAGAAAAAUUGAAAUAGAUAACGGUGAUGAGUUAACUGCUGACUUCCUUUAUGAAGAGGUUCAUCCAAAACAACAUGCACACAAACAAAGUUUUGCUAAACCAAAAGGUCCUGCAGGGAAAAGGGGAAUUCGAAGACUGAUCAGAGGUCCAGCAGAGACUGAAACACCUACUGAUUAAAAGCUGUUAUUUGCACUAGCAAUAAGGUACUGCAACGAGAAAUGAAAUUUUGGCUUUUGCUAAUGAACUGAAGUCAUUCCCUUCAUAGAUGCUAGGAAAAAAAGCUUUUUGCUCUUCCCCCUCCUGACCUCAACACUACUCACAUAGUUUCUGUUUACCAUGUUUGAUGACGUGGAAUAGCUCAUUAUUUCAAAGCUAGAAGAGGAAAGCCAAGCCUGUAUCUCUUUAUUUUAAAUUAGAAUGGAUUAUUUAAUAGCCAUACAUGUGAUCAUAAACUUAACAGACAGAAGCCUAUUAAGGCUGUGUAUUCUGUGGUUAGUUUCAUUGCCUGUCUAGAUAGCAGACCUGUGUUCAGAUGAGUAGCCUAUUUAAACCAGUAAGUCUUACCAUGUGAGACGGUCUGAAGGACUGCAGCAUUGUCCCAGAUAAGUCUUAAUUUUUCCUUGUAGCUGUCAUGGAUAAUACUAUGAUAGAAGACACUCUUCUGUUUUUGAAAUGAUGCAUUGUUGGUUUUGGUUUUCUUAAUAGAAAAGUCAAUUUAAAAUCUGUUAUUUAAAAAAAACUGAUGCAGAUGAUCAGGAAUAGGUGGAAUGUUUUUUCCAUGCAAAAAAAGCAUGGUCGUUCCAAAUUAAUAACUAAUUUUGUGGAAUUGUCUUUUAAAGAAAUCUGACAUUAAACCACUGUAGCUUUUCCGGACUUUGAUACCACUCUUAAGCCUUAUAUGUUAAGUAUUGAACGAUCAAGCAAAAUGUAAUUAAAAGUGCAUCAGUCAGUAUACUGACUAUGCACUAUAUACUGUAUUAUGGAGCUGCUUUCAAAGCAAUAUACUUUAAGUUUAUAUAAGAAUUGAUUACCUGUGCACUUGGAUCCAAAACUAAGUUUAGUAAAAAAUUAAAUAAACUUGCUUCAUAGCAACUGAGUUAUUCUUGAUUUGAGAUUAUUUUCUAGUGCAUUUGCAGUGUGUACUGCAAUUUAAUACAUUCAAGAUGUUCUGAAAAUGAUUUUCUGAAUGCUUGAACUUUAAUAGUAACUUAAAUCCGUAACAAAAAUCCUACUAGGUCUUGAAAAACUGCUAGCACUAGCAGCACCUGACUAAGAUUUUGUCUUUUUUUUUCUUCCUCCUACAUACUAAAAUCAGAAGAGUAUAAAUUUAAUUGAACUGUAUUUAAUCUGUUUAAUAGCAAUAGGAAAAAUAGAUGCAUUUUAGAAGUAGACUAAAGAAGAACUAUAUGUGAAAAUCACAUAUACUGAAUGAGCUUAAAUAUUUAAAAUUGUAUAAUGAGGCAAAUAUCUAGUGGGUAAAAUAUAUUCCCCAGUGGGGACUUGUUAUUUGGUGUCUUGUGCAUGGGUUUUGUGCUUUUUGAUUGUUAAAACUACAUGGGAGUUGCAAGUCUUGGUUUAUUGCAUAUUAUUAUCAUAAAUUCUGGGUGGUACGCAUUACAUAGCUGCAUCACGUUGUUCUUACCUGAUGGAUGGAAGAUGUAUUUUAAGCUGUCACGUAGGGAAAUAAUGCUUUGACACGACUAGCUUGGUAAAAAAAAAAUUUUAUCUGUUAUUUCAUUUGGAGAUACUAGCUUGUUAUCGACCCUUUUGAAAUUGCACUGUAUAAUGUGAAGAUUGUAACAGUUCUUGGUUUUACUGUGGCUUUUUUUCAUCUACAGUAGACAUUUUACACCUCAGCUUUUCUGUUUAAUCUUACACACUACAUCAAUCCAAUUCAAUAGCUCUUGAUCCUCAGCUAAUCUCCUUGUCCUUAGUGCUACCGUGUUCUUUUUCUGCUUCAUGCCUUCUCUCUGAAGGGUAAGGAGCUGGUCUUAGGAAUUUUUGUUCUACCUACUACCUUCAGGCAAGCGUCAUUGUCUUUCAGACACAGUUCAUGUCUAUGCAGCUCACUAUACACUGUAGCUAAGUGUAUUUUUAGUUGAAGUCAGAAUCUUUUUGAUUCUGACUAAAUUUUUUUUUGAUUUAUUAAGGUUAAUGAAAGUUAUUAAGGUAUAAUAAGGUUAAUGGUCAACUGUAGCAGUUAAAAAAUCACUGCUAGAGGGCUUUUUGUUAGAAUUCAGUAUUCCUGCCCAUGUGCACUCCUGGCCUGGCUGACAUACACAAUUCUGCAUUUUUACACUGAUUAGAACCAGUACAGAAGUUCACCUUUUAAAUACUGGAUGUUUUAAAUAAUGAACAGCUUGACCUGAUAUGGAUGUGUACAUGUUGUGGGGUUUUUUUGUUUGUUUUCUCCAAAUCCUGCCUGAGGUAUAACAGAAGGAGUUUAUAAUGAGCUGCCCAAAGCUCAUUAUAAACCCUCAUGAGUUUCUAAUGAGUUCAGCCCAAACUAGACAUUUUAAGGUAUCUUCUUUUAAAAUACUUUGACACGGUCAGUUCACAGUCAUUGUUUCUGUACAAGUAAGUCAGUCCCUGACCAGCCCACAGCGUAAUGUCCUGAGCAUUCCCCAUCACCCACAAGAGAGACACUGCUGCAACAGACUGUUCUCUUAAAUCGUUUGAGCCUCACAGUGCUGACUGUGCCCUCAGGCCUCUUGUAGCUAUUCUCCUGACAAAGCAAUAAGAAGCAUCUGAUCUUUUUGUAAGAUCUGUCAUGUUUUCAUCUAUCUGGUUGCCUCACAUACAUAACACUACAGAUGCUCACUGUGAAUGAAUGUUUAGAGCCAGCACAAAAUAAGGGCAUUAAUAAAAGUGGUUCCUUGAACUGCCUCUGGUCAUUUAAUAAGUGAAAGUGUCCAUUCUAAGUUAUUGGUGGUCUUCAUAAAGCUCAAAAGCAAUGCGGCUGCUUGCAGUUAACUCACGUGCUGUUUAAUAGUCAGUAAUGAAAAAUGACAAACAGGUAAUUAUCUCUGAGCUUGGAUUACAAAGGAAUAAAGUAGGAAAAAAGCAGAUCAUCUAAAACAAGUAGAACUCCUAUUGGAGGUUUUGUAAAACUAACCAAGGUAAUAAUUGCUCUGUUACUUGGAUAAAGGAAAUUUUGAUUAUAGUGUCUAUGUGUUUAUCAAUGUACUGAAUGUAAGCCACCUUCAGAUGCUAAAAUUAAAUAAAAGUUUACUUCAUUAUCUAUUUCGCAAUUUACUUUAUAAAUAAAGAAUGAAGCUUUA